AUGGAAUAACAGGUUUCAGAUGAGAAUAGCUGUUAAGAAAACAUAGCAUUAACUGAUGAAUAAAAAAAAAUAAUUAAUUCCUCAAUCGAUGAAGAUCAAAGAAUUUUAGCAUGUGCAGGUUCAGGUAAAACAACUACACUCAUUUAUCGAAUCAAGUAUUUGAUUGAAUAAGGAAUAUGUGCUAAAUAAAUACUACUAAGUACUUUUAAUGUUGAAGCUGCUAAUAACUUAAAAAUAAAAGCAAAACAAGUGUUAUAGUAAGAUGCAGAAGAAGUAAAAAUGAUGAAUAUAGAUAAAUUUAAUGCUGAAAUUUAUAACAAAUAUAUAAAAGAUAAUGAUAAAGAUAAUAACUUUAAAUUAGAUAUAAAAGAGUUAGGAUAUAAAGUUUAACAAUUCUUAAGUACAAGAGAAGGAAAUGAAAAGGUUUUAAAGAAAUAUAAAUACUUUUUUUUUGAUGAGUUUUAAGAUGUAAAUCAAAUCUAGUAUGACAUCCUAAUUCUUUUCAAAAAAGCAGGAUGCAAAAUUAUAGUUAUAGGAGAUGAGGCUUAAAAUAUUUACAGCUUUAGAGAUUCUAAAUUAGAAUUUAUUCAAAGCAAAAUAAACUAAGAUGUGCUAGAAAUCUCAAAAUAGGAAAUAAAAACAUAUCACCUUAGUGUAAAUUUUAGAUGUUCAAGAAAAAUCACAUCAUUUUGCAAUUAAAUUUUUGCAAACUAGAAGCAUCUUGCAAGGCCUAUGGAUAGCUUAAAAAAUGAAGAAGAGGAAUGUUAUUAUCCUAAAAUUAGCCUUUAUGGAGAUUAAAAUAAAUAAGUGUAUGAUUUAAUUUCAACUUUUAAAGGUUUAAUAUAGUAGGGGUAUUAGUGGAGUGAUUUGGCAGUACUUAGUCCUUCAAGAAAACCAUUACUACACUUUUAGGAGUAUUUAGAAUAGCAUUAUUAUAUUUUUGGCCAAAAAAUUCCUUAUUCCCUAAUAUCCAGAAAUAUAGAUAAUCUUUUCACUUCUGAUAAUUUUGAAUCUACUGAGAAGUAAAAUCACUUGACUUUGAGCACAAUCCAUUCUUCUAAGGGUUUGGAAUGGAAGGUAGUAUUUAUAAUUGGAAUUAAUGAUUUUAAUUUUCCAGGAGCUUUCAUCAAGUAGUUAUAAGUAGAAAAAAAUAUUUAAGAAAAGUUAAAUGAGUGUAGAAGAUUAUUCUAUGUAGCGUGCACUAGAGCUAUGGAAUAGCUAAAGUUUUGUUUCUUAUAAUAUAAAGAAAAAUAUAUAUGUAGGUUUUUCAGUGAAAUUAAUAAAUAAUAUUACUAAUCAGAUCAAGAUUUAAAAAAAGAAGAUUUUGCUUAAAUCCAAUCAAAAUAAAAAAACUAAGUUUAACAAAGAAAUUUAUAAAAUCCUUCCUAAAAAAAAUCAACAAUUGAAGCAUUAGAUAUCAAAAAUAAAAUAGCUGAUAUCAUACAAAAUUUUGACAUUAAUGACUAUGAAGUACUGAACAGUUUUCUAUAAAAAAUAAAACUUCUUAAAUAUUAAAGAGGGGAACAUGUCACUUUCGACAAUGAAUAAAUAAAAUAAAACGCUCUUUAAUAAGAUUUGAUUUGCUAUCUUGAAAUAUUACUUUAUAGAAGUGUUGUUGAAAAAUUCUUGUAAAGCUAGACAAUUUAAAAUGAAGAUGCAGAGAAAAUAAUACUACGUACAAUAAGUUGGAGUGGAUAUUAAAAGAGUUUUUAUAAUAGAUACAAAGAUUUCUUCAACUAAUUAGAUUUUCAAAAAUUAGACAGCCUUGAGUCAUUUAUAGACAAUUUCAAAGACUUUAACAAAAUCGAAAAGAAAUUAAAUAGAUUUGAAAAUGAGAAUUUAUCGGAUAUGUACUCAUCAAUUUAAAAAUUUUUAAAACAGUAUAAGCUAAAUUAUAAAGAUAUUCAUCAUGCAACUGAAACUUAUUUUUCAGAUGAUUUUGAUAGGUAGAAAUAUUUUGACAGUUAUUAACAAUUUUCAAAUAAAGAAUUGAAAACCUAAAAUAUUCUCAAAGACAUUUAUAAUGUCAGUAAAUUUAGUUUAAUUUCCUAAGGAAUAAAGAGAUCUUUAUACAGAGAUGAUAGUAGUUUAUUUCAUAAUGAGGAUUUAACAUUAAAUAUAGAUAGAUUUUUAAAUGUCCUAGAAUAAUAAUAUGAUUAGAAUAGGUUUGAAAUAAAAAAGAAAAUAAAUUAUGCUAAUUUUUAUGGGGUUAUAGAUUUAAUAGCAUUUGAUAAAUCUCUAGCUUAUGCAUGUAUAUUAAAAAAAAUGAAUUACAGGAUACAAAAUAUUGUUUUCUAUAAUGUACUUCAAGAUAAUUGGAUCAUUUAUUCGAUAGAGUAAUGGAAUUAAGAAGAAGAAUUCUUAAGAUUUUUGUAAAAGAAAAAAGAAGAUUACUAAAAAGAGUAAGAAGAGAGUGAGGAGACUGAUAAUAAUUUAGAGAAAGAGAAGUAAUAGUAAGUAAAAAUCUAAGAGAAAUCUUUGUAAAACUUAUAAGUUCCUAUUGAAGAAUAAGAAAAAGAGAAUAAUAGUAAGAAUAUUAAUAAUUAUAGUCUACAAGAAAGUUAAUAGGAAAAGAAAAAUUAACUUAUUUAUCAAAUUAAUUGUCAAUAUUCUCAAAAUUCAAUUUAAAAUUAAAGUUAAAAUUCUGAUUAGACUGUAUAAGAAAACAAUCUUUAACAUAUGUACAAACAAAAUGAUUAAUAAGGCAAUAUUGACAUAGAAAAUUAAUUUAAUUUUGGUAAUUAAAGUAAGUAAAAUGAUAAUUUAAUACAAGUAGCUUUUGAUAACUAAAAAAUUAACCAAAAUGAACCAUUAGAAAAUAAAAAUAAUUUAUUUGGCAAUUUUCAAUAAAUUAGAGAUGACACCAAGAAAAUUGAAGAGCCUCGUUAAUAAUUAAUUAAUUUAAAAAAUCAUGUAGGAGAGAACUCUUAAGUUUUAGUAAAUAGCAAUUAGAAAGGACUAAAAAAAUCUAAAGUUGAAAACUAGAAAAUUAAUUUGAACUAAAAAAGGAAGAAAGAGAAGGAUUAAGUUGAUUAUGAAUAGUAGAAAAUCAAUUUUAAAAAACAAAAAGUAGAAUAAGGAGAGAAAUCUAUUUUCAAUAUCUAGAUAAUAUUUUUAAUAAUUUACAUAUUAUUUUAAAUCAUUAGAACUACAUUAAAAAACAAGGAAAUAAACUCAUGA